ACGAACACUAUUGGCUCAAUCUUCAUCCAAAUUUCUAGGUUUAAUCCUGAAAAGUUGACACAAUCGCUUGUUUAUAGCCUCUCGUCACUCCAAACCCUGAUUUCGUCACCGAAUUAUGUGGAAAUAAAGAAAGGAGUGACAAUGAGAGAGAGGUUAAUAUUUGAUCUACAUAUAUAGUUACAAACUUACAAUAUAUAUAUUUGUCAUUCAUAAGUUAUACAUAAGGCUAACAUGUUGGGAUAUAUUUGCAUGUUGCUUGGAGGUGGGGGCACUCUGUAUUUUCUUAUAAUAACUUACACUUUUUUGUUCAUUAAAUUUACAUUUAUUACCAUAUAAUUUAGAAAGAGGGGAGGGAGAGGAAAAGAACAAAGGAAAUUAAAAAUGAUGAUGGAAAGGGGGAUAACAUAAAGAUAUUAUGAUCACAUGAUGAUAUAUGCUGUUAAUGUUAGUGGCAAGUGGGCCUACAGAACGGGAAGAUGAUGUUGGGUUGUGGGCCCCUUUUCCUCCCUCAAUAUCGGGGCCAAUCUAUACAAUUUUAAAUCGUUUCCCGAAUCUACACCUCAAAUUUUAGCUGGAAUUAGGAAAAUAACAUUUGCCACUAGGUGCUACAUUGAUAUUGGUGAUAAUUUUAAGAAAAAAAAAGGGGAAGGUGUACAAAUAAGUAUGCAAUCAAAAGAUAAUAAUGGCAAUGGGGAGGUUGUUGUAAAGUCUCUCACAAUGUAAGAGAUCUUGUCCUUUCGGGGACAUCCGAUAACAUGUAGGAGGUCUUGCACUUUCAAUUAUACGAAUGAUAAUAUUUUUCUUUUUAAAUAGAAUGCUUCUUUAAUGUAUUUUAGUAGUAUAUUUUUGUGCAGUUAGAGAAGAAAUGAAACGCUGAUGCAGUGUGGUUGUAGAUGAUUAAAGGUUAAUAAUAUCGAAGUGGAGUAAGUAAAGGAGUGUGGAGUAGAUGUUAACCGUAUUACUUUGCCAAUUUGAAUUGCAUGAUCUUUUGAGUAUCAUUGACAAUAAAGUAUGUCUUUCCUAAGGAAAACAUGUUUCCUUACGCGCUUUCUCGUUGGUUAUAAUGGUUGGUCGUUUAAGUUACAUAAACUCUAGUUCUUGUUCUUCGAUGAUACUUUUUUUAACCACGAUGAUAGUUGAAUUCAUACUAUUGGAUCACAUCUAUGAAGGUUGAAAUAAGGAUUUUAUUUAUUUAUUUAUUUCUAUUUAUGAAAUGAGAUAAAAAGAAGAGGGAAGAAAUGUUGAAUCACAAGAUCACCAAUCAAACUCUCCAGACUAGUGCAGAGAGUCGGCAGUCGUCAGGCAACUGAAGCACAGAGCUCUUUUUGCAGUUCUUUCGUAUGGGCUGUGUAUUUGCUGCGGUUGUGGUGAGUUGUACGGCGCAAGUGGGAGGCCUGCCUGCAAAAUAUGAAGCUAAAUCCAACUCCAGCCAUAUUUAUGAUAUUUUAAUAAUACGAUCAGUCGAUCAUGGUUCAAUGAGUAACAUAUUAGCACAAUAUUCCUCGCAUGUCUUUGCGAAUUUCACCUCUUACAAUCAAAAAAUUUCAUUCUCCUUUGUCUCACUCAAAUGAAUUGAUUUCGAGAGCACUUCGCAUCCAAGUGAAUUGAUUUCGAGGGCAUUUCUUUUCAUCUUUAAAUUUCAUCUCCUACACAAAAAAUUCGUUUUCUUUUGUCUCGCUAAGUGAAUUGAUUUCAAGAGCACUUCGCAUCCACCCAAGUUUUUGAAUAGAUAGCUGGAGAAUUCUCACUACCUACCGGUCAGCCGGCAAUGGGCGCGGUGGGAAUGGACUUUCCAAAAUCCUUUAGAGUUACGUUUAUGGACAUCUUUGUGUUAACUAGGGUGUAGAACCAAACAUGGUAUCUAUGAUUAGUUGAAGUUGCAAUCUAAAAUUGAUUAAUUCCACUAUAUAUCAUUCGUUUCUUUUAUAUAAAUUUAACUGACAUAAUAUUAUCAUAAAACCAGCCUCAUGGGCGGGCCAGAGCCAAAUUCAACUAGGCCCCAUUUCUAGAGGCCCAGGCCCACCCGGCCACACCCCCAGGCCCCAUCUAAACCCACCUCUCUCUCUCUCUCUCUCUCUCUCUCUCUCUCUCUCUCUCUCUUCCACCACUAACUCGAUUUGUUUGAAUAGAGUCAUGCGUGGAUCUUAGUUAGGGGGUGUGCAUAUGCAAAAGUGUGCUCCGAUUCGAAACGGACCAAACUUAUUAGAACCGCGGUUUAAUAGUGAAAGACAUCUUAAAAUUAAGGACUAGACCAACAGUACAUUCGGCACACUUUUAUUCAGAAUUUAUAAAAUUCAUGGAACCAAGAACCGGGUCACUUUGGAAUAUGAUUCAAUUCAAGUGUCGGUUUGGUCCGGUGAAGUUCGACACGGACCGACCCAUUGCACCCCUCUGGUCUUAACCACUUCCUUACACGCUCCUCAAACGAGGAUCAACUCAUAAGAUUGAAGUAUAUAUAGGUCCAUCAAUAUCAUGUAAUGUAAGACAACCCUCAAUAUUGGGGUCGUAAGGACUUGAACAUGCGACAUCAAAUACAAACCAACUUUACCUUAUAAAAAUAUACAAAUCAUACUAUCAUGUAAUAAAUCAAUUAAUCACAAUAACCUGAGUUUAUUAAAAAAAUUGUUAAUCAUAGAUCUAAUAUCCCUCCCUAGUUUCUUCCAUGAGAAAAAAAGAAGUGUAGAAACUACCAAGAGCUACUAACACCAAAGUCCUUUAUUAGGUCAAAGAAAGUCAAAUCUCUUUCACAUACCAAGAAAUGAAGGGUCAUUUGGAAUUUGCGAUUGUUUUGUUGAGAUUGUCACUAUGCAUGUAUUGUUUACAAUGCAUCAUAUAUUUUUUUUUUUGUUUCUAUGAUGUGACAGAAACUAUCACUUAUUUUGAGUGAUUGUUAUAUCUCAACUUUUAGUUGUGAUUGUUGAGAUAGUUGAGUUGUGAUUGUUUUGUCUCAGCUUUUAGCUGAUGCGACAUACACAAUCACACAUACCAAACGUUGUAUUCUACAAUGCAUUAAAUUCGACAAUACAUGUAUAAUAUAUGCAUUCUCAACAAUACAUCUAUUUAACAAUCGCAACUUCCAAACCACUCCGAAGUACAAGUAGCACCGCCAACACGGGAUCGAAAUUUCGGUUGCAGUUGAUACGGGUUCACGCGUUUUCGUGCGUGGGGAGCGAAUAAAAUAGAAAUUUGUUGCUGUCGGUUGGGCCGCAGGCCCACGAUACCAAAUACAACGCGUUAUUAUUCUCCCACUUCAUACCUUCUUCAUCUUUCCUCUCUCUUCCAACGGGAAAAAAACAAACGACUCCUUUCUUUCCCUCUCCUUCUCUCUGUUUUCUCCUGCUCUCUCUGCUUCCACCUUUCCCGGAGCGACCGAAAAUCCAGCCGGAGAAAAGAAAAACAAAAAAUGAUCGCCGCCGCGCUGUUACUCCUGCUCCUCUUCCUCGCCGGAAUCUUCAACCUCAACUCUUACUUCCCUUCCAAGAAGCUCCGCGCCUGGCUCCACUCCCUCUUCCUCCAGCUCAAAUCCGCUCCUCCUCCUCCUCCUCCUCCCCCGCCGCCGCCGCAGCAGCAAUCCGAGCCUGCUACUCCUCCUCCUGCUGCAUCUGUGGUUGAUCGAAGUAAUAAGGAUGCGGACGAGGAUCUGACGAGCGUUUUCGCGACGUUCGACAAGAACGGCGACGGGUUCAUCACGAAGCAGGAGCUGAAGGAGUCGCUGAAGAACAUCCGGAUCUCCGUGACCGAGGCGGAGGUGGAGGAGAUGGUGGCGAAGGUGGAUUCCAACGGCGACGGGCUGAUUGACUUCGAGGAGUUCAAAAUCCUGUGUAGAAACAUGGCCGCUGGCGGAGAGGGAGAGGCGAGGGCGUCAGAUCUGGAGGCAGAGGAAAUCAAAAUUGACAGCGGAGGAGAUGAAUUGAGAGAUGCGUUCGAGGUGUUCGACCGGGAUCGGGACGGGCUGAUCACGGUGGAGGAGCUGGGGUCGGUGCUGUCGUCGCUGGGGAUGAAGGAAGGGAAGCGGAUGGAGGCCUGCAAGGAGAUGAUCCGGAGGGUGGAUGCCGACGGCGACGGGAUGGUGAAUUUCGAUGAGUUCAGGACGAUGAUGAGGAACGGCGGCGGUAAGCUCCUUCCGGUGUUCUGAUUCAUUCAUUCAUCGAGGCCGUUGCGAGGGGAAGAAAUUGAAGGUCGAGAGGGAGGAGUUGGUUACUUGAUUUCAACCAUCUGUGGUAUUCUAAAGCUACAAAUUGAGAAUGUUAGAAUUACUAUAUGUUUGUUCUUUUGUUCAUUUACAUGGAAAGAGAAAUAGGAUUUGGUAGUUAAAUUGGGAGAUGGAGUUUAGUGUUUGAUGUUCUUUGCAUGGUCCAUGAAACCGUACCGGAGACCGUAUUGGAAAAGUCAGCGAUAGGGUAUUUUAUGACAAAACUAUGGUUUAACCGUAGUUCAACCGUUAGUACCGUUAAAUGCCGCCUAUCGGUUUAGCCUCCAAUACUGGUAUUUUGUGGUUGAACCGUUGGAACGGUACGGUUUAAUGGAGCAUGGUUUUUUGGCCUCAUCUUUCCAAUUAGAUUAAUCCACCACUCAUAAACACAAUUAGAUUAAUCCACCAAUCACCACUAAUCAAUUAUCUCUUAGUUAGACAUAUCAAGGGUCAAAAUCAUGGCGCAAAAUCAGUUAAGAGUUGGCUCAUAGGGCUCGAAAUACAGAUCAGGGCAAGUCAACAUAUUAGGUAAAUCUAAGACCUUGUGUAAAAUAAACCGAUUAGGGUUUAUGAUAUUAUUCAAAUAAGAAACUAAUAAUAUGUCUGAAGUUUAUAUGAUUCAACACACUUCAAAAAACUAUAAUUGUAAACCAAAGUACAGACGGAAAUGAGCUACACACCCCUAAGCACAUCCCAGAGGCUUUUGAUAACUGAUAGGCCUUCCAAGUUUCAAUCUUGGCCAACCUUUUAGGAAAAGAAUCAAAGUAAGAACUGAAAUCUGUGCAAGACAAACACCAAACUAUAAAAACAUACUUGCAGAGCAUCGGGGGGGAAUGUCUGUUUAGAUAUUAUGUAUGCUUCAGCAAAGUUGUUUGUAUGCUCAAUUAGAAGACAUCGGGAUGGAACCGCCCGGGGAUCGAGCUGCUUUGCUGAGCCUGCUUCAGGUGCAUCGUCAAUGCAUAAUUGUUCACCUGGCAGAGAAUUACAACCCCAUGCGCGGGAAAGGGAAUCAGAAAGCAGUUUUGCAUACUGCUGAUAUAGAUCUACAAUGGAGUUGUUAAGAAGUUCCACAAACCUCCAAGGUUCUCAAUUGGUCCUGAUAUUGAGCCACCAGUUGCUUCAAGUGCUGCAGUUCCUGGUUCCUGUCAUCAAACUCUUUCUGCCGCUCAUGUUGAAUUGUUACAGCUCGCUUCAGAAUGGUGUUCUCGUGUAUGAGUAAUUGGACUUGCUCCUUCAACUUUAGGUUUUCCUAUAAAACGAAGUGCGAAUUUACCAACAUAUCAGAGAGCUAGGGAAGUCAUUUGAGCUUUAACCGUUUGUUGUGCAUACAGUUACUACAAGAAAGAGAACAAGAGAGGAGGAAAAUUGAAGGGGGUGGAGGGAUGAGUUAUCAAAGUAACUAACCAAUUGAAAGUUUUUCACUGCUUCUGCACCUGCACGUGCAUAGAUUGAUUUCUCGAGAGCUUCCAGUGCUCUUGAUGCCCGUGCUUUGGCAUCAUCCAUGUUGGAAGCACUAGUCAUUUCUCUAACAAACAGCUCAACCCACUCUGCACCGUCCAUUUGAACAUGUGUUGGAAUUGAAGGAUCCUCAGCUGGGGGAACUGAAGCAUUGGUUGGCUCGACACCUGCAAUGAAGUCGUCCAAUAAAAAAACAAUCAGAGCUAGUAAAUCAAGCAUUACAAAUUAUUAGUCCACUGUUGCAAUAUGCAUCUGUUUAUGUAUGUCACGAAUGGUUUAAAUGUUGGAACAUGUCUAAUCUCAUGAAAGUUAGCGUCAUAUAACGGAAGCUAAUAGAUAUAGUUGGUGGAGCAAACAACCGCGGCUGUGAACUAGAUCAAAAUAUAAGCCAAACACCAAUAAGAAGAAUACAUUUUGCAAACACUCCUAAUAAACGGAAAAUAUAAGCCAAACACCAAA